UAUGCAGUUGAAGUUCAUAGGAAUAUCUGUACGUAAAAAGAAAAAAAAAGAUUCUGCAUUAAUUGUACAUGUAGUCACAGAAGCUGCUUUUGUAGAAAAGUAUAAGGUGGUUCAAAAGAACCUAUAUAUCCUGGUGACAGGCCAGAGAGAAAACAUAAGUUUUGUUUUUUUAAUGACCCAGGCCCAGAGCUAACGAGAUCUUUCAGAUAGUUUCUUGAACACAUGUGGAACCUCAUUCAUUGUGAUGAGGCUCUCCUUAGGUUUACCCAUGUAGAUCCAAUUGCUAGUCUGGCUUUUAUUGCAUUUUUUAGAGGGAAAUUAUAGUUUUGACUUCUUUUUGUAAAAUAGAAAGAGUUGCGGGCCCCAGUUCUGCAAACAUAAACUCACACACUUUUACUUGUACACUUAAGUAGUUUCUGUGGACUCAACAAAUCUAUUUGCAUGCAUGAAAUUAGAUACGUGCAUGCAGGAUUGAUGCCAUUAAGUUAACUGAGGGAAUUAUUUUAUUACCAUCUGUGAAACCAAUCUGGAAAAUGCAAAAAAUGUUUUCUAAUGUUUCAGAUAUAAAAAGCAGCCCCUUGACUUGUUAAAUUAGGCAAGAUUUCAGGCACCCUUUAAAAAAAGCCUUCCAGAAUAAUCCUGCCUAUAUUAUACGUUCAAGCGUUACAUUUGUUUUCAAAGGGCAUAGCUUGAAUUUGAAUUCCGCAAUCAAACAGACCUAUAUCGCAACUCCUAGUCACCAUAACAAUAAUGUUUUAUGUAGAUGCUAAAUUAACAGAGUCGUGGAGUUAGAGAAAUCUAAGAGGCGUAUGUUGUGGCUUUUGUGCAAUAUACCUGACCAAAACCAAGGUUACUGCAGUAUAGGUAGUAUGAAUCUGUGUUUCUAUGAUGACUGAGACUUAUGCCUAUCUAAGAUCACAUUCUCUACUGGUGAACUUACACCUACCUAUAGCUGUCAUACCUGUAACAGACUUGUAGCAUCAAUUUAAUAAUUAUAAACUUUUUGUAUAGAGUGUACAUAUAAAGCGUGGCCCACUUGGCAAGUGACAAUCCACGACACAAGGCAGAAUAGAGAUGCACCUUAAGUUAUAAACUGCGAGGUGCAUGAUAGCGCUAUCAGCCUGCUGGAGACCAACCAUAGGCACGAAUUUGGUUUUUGCCCGUGGGUGCUUGCAGGCAUAAAAAAAACAAACCAAAAGAAGAGCAAAAAACCCCGUGCUUCACUUUAAACUUGGUGCAUUCCUGUGCCAAGCCCUGCGCACGCCCAUUAGAGGCAGUGAGUUACUUCAACUUGGCUUGGCAGCAUCUAUAAAGAUAGGGCGCUUUAAUUGGGUUUUUUAGGGCCCUUAAUAGCUGAUUGAAUCGGUUCUAGCUAAAAGAGCCAUGAAGUCUCACUGAAGCGCUGGAUCUUUACAGAAGCUGCAGAGCUGCUUCUUUCAGUAAAGCGCUGUUUGGGGGGGGGGGGUUUAAAACGUAUUUAAGCAGCCUGUGGCUGUGGUUUCCGGGUGCUGAGCACCUGCUCAUUUUUCAGUAGGUGCCUGAGCGCCCGCACAGCCAGCACCUAGCCGACCUCCCUAAUGACUUUGUUUUUCCUAGCUCCCAGGAGCGGAUGGGAUUCCCCAGCCCCUGACAAGAGCCCUUCCAGGAUGCUGGGUUGGGCGGGCUCCCCAAAGGGGUCGUGCUGCCCCAACCAAACCCCUCCCAGCCCAGGCGCACGUGGCUCCUUGGUGGGGGUGCCCAGUGGGUCCCACAUGGGGUGGAAGGCAGGCAGUAGCAGUGGCGCAUGCGCGCUGGCCUGCCAUAGGACAUGCGGCGCACGAGGGGGCACUAUGCCGGCGUGCCAUUGGCUGGGGCCGCGCUGUGAUGUCACCUCCGGAGCCCGGCUUCGCUUUGUCCUCCUGGGACCGCGGAAGUUACCUGUCUCGGAAGUACUCGCGGGCGCUUCCGGGUCGGUAAUGGCGGCGCCCACGGCGUGCUAGCAGCAUGCCGCUGGUGGUGCUGUGCGGCCUGCCGGGCAGCGGCAAGAGCCGGCGGGCCGAGGAGCUGCGGGCAGCGCUGGGCGCCGAGGGGUGGCCGGUGCACGUGGUGGCCGAGGGGGAGGCGGGCGGGCGCGCGGCGCUGCGGGCCGAGGCGGAGCGGCGGCUGGGCCGGCGGGCCGUGGUGGUGGUGGACGCGUGCAACGAGCUGAAAAGCUUCCGCUACGAGCUGUACUGCGCCGCCAAGCAGGCCGGCACCCCGCACUGCCUGCUGCACUGCGCCGCCGACAGCCCCGAGCCCGGCCGCGACCCGCCCGCCGGCCCCUUCGAGCCGCCCGACGCGCGGAACCGCUGGGACCGGCCGCUCUUCGCCGUGUGCGGCCAGGAGCCGCUGCCAUUGCCCGCCCUGCGCGCCGCGCUGCUGGAGAGCCCGCCGCCGCCACCCAACCAGGCCACCCGGGCCCAGCCGCUGCAGUCCACCGCCUUCCUGCACCAGCUGGACCGCGUCACGCAGGAGGUGCUGGGCGCCGUGCUGGCCGCGCAGCGCGGCGGCGCCCAGCCCGGCGAGCGCAUCCCGGUGCCGGCGGGUGGCGGUGAAGGGUUGGUGCUGAGGCGGCCUGUGAGCGCGGCCGAGUUGAGCCGCCUGCGCCGCCAGUUCAUCAGCUACACCAAGAUGCACCCGAGCGACGAGAACCUGCCCCAGUUGGGCGCCAUGUUCCUGCAGUACCUCAGCCGCAGCAUCCAGUGAACUCCCUCCUGUGUCUGUGUGUGCACGACCCCCUGGUUGCCUUCACCCUCCCCUGCCAGGGAGCCUGGGACAGUGCGAGGCCAACCCUGGCUGGGGGGGCGGGUUUCCAGUAGGAGGUGAAAGACCUGUUACCUGCUCCACUGACUGCAGUGUCUGGGGACAGAGAGAGAGAGGGAAUCAGCCUCUUUGGCCUAUGCCAUCUGCAUAGAUGCAUCUCCUAAUAGGCGCCAUGGGGAUCUUGCCCCUGAGCCCUCCGACCCUCAGAAGCAAUGCCUGGGAAGGGAUCCUCUAGGCCAUUUGGAUGAAAGACUAAUGGUUGGCUCAUGGCAGGUAUGGAAAGCCAGACUCUGCUAACCAGUUUCCAUCACCUGAACAGGGAAGUGUAAAUGAUUGAAGGGGACUAGAUUCCUAUUAGUUUUUCUGUGUCUGGGCUUAGAACAGCCCUGUCAUGUGGGUUUUUCCAGGUUUCUCUACCUAAAGUAGAUCUUGUGUUUAUACAUCAAGCUGUAUGAAGGAUGUGUUUCUGCAUCAGCAUGGGGAUAUUUUGCCUCUCUUUAAGCUAAUUAUGUUCUCAGAAUGUUUUUUCUUACCUUGGGAACUUGAAAGAGAGAACCUGUUUUCUCAGUGAGCGCAAAACUUGUUUUUGCCCUGACACACACUGUGCCUUGGAUGGAAUAACAGCUUUUUUAGUUGCAGAAUAAUUUGUUACAUAAGGUGCCAUGGCUUCCUCUACACGGUCAUCUCUAAACAGUGGCCUGCAUAUACCUAAUAUUUAGUUAACAGUGAGUGUACUUAUAAUAAAAAUGAUCUGAAAUGCUUAUGGUCUUCAUGAUCUUUCUGCUCUGGGUUUAACCAUUGGAUUUUUGCCAUACACCUCAACUGACUGACUAUUGAUGUCUGCUUCAGUCUCUCUCUCUCUCUCUCUCUCCUCAGUAUCAGUGCCCCAUGUGGACAUACUAGCUGCUGCUUAUCUUUGAGGAUUGGUUUCCUCCCUCCUAAGCAUUCCUUCUUUUAAAUUAAUUGUAUGUUUGGAUUUAAAGGGUAAAGUGGGGCAAGGUGUUUACUUCAAUGAAUACUUAGUUAAAGCACAGAAACCGAUCUGAGAUAUUAUCAGUCAGCAUAUAGAUGGGCUUUAUUAUAUUGUGAGCUUGAGAUCUGAUUGAAGUUGUAGGUGAAAUCAGUUCCUCAGCUGAUCUGAAGUGAAAAGAAAAACUAAAGACUAUGUGCUUGGCAAUUGUAAAACACCUGUGACCCUGACCGACACCGACAGAGUUUUUAAAUUGCUAUGACUGAGAACUUUAUCUUGAAAAUCUUCCCCAAGACAAGAAAAGAAUAUGGUACUUGACAAGUUUUUGCCUGGUUGGAUUGUAUUACCUGGUGAAAUGGGAAUAAUAUUAUACUAGUUAAAACUCUGUGUAUUUUUGGGGCUGUAUAUCAGCCAACCUACUGCUGAAGGAAAGACAAAAAUCAUGUUUAGCUAGAAUAUAGACACAAGGAAGAAGUUAACGGCAGUGUUGCAUGCUGGGUUUUUUUGGGUUUUUUUUUAAUCAGCAUAUGAUACAAUGCUAGUAUUGGUUGAAAAAAUGUUCACGCAUCGGAAGAAUGUGUUCUGUGGGUGGGAAGAGAAACUCAGCUGCAGAGAAAUGGCUCUUAUCUCAGUAUAUAUGAGUGGUUACAAUAGGAAUGUGAAAUGCGUGCUUCUUCCUAGUACUGAGGACUAUAUGAUUGGUCGUUACUAACUAUUCAAACUCAAAGAUAUUCUUUAUGAUGAACACAAUCAAAGGACAAUCUGUAUACCAUCUUUAUAAAUUCUCUAUAUUUAUAUUCUGUGAUUUUAAAGUAUACGGCCUUAUUUUAAUGUAACAGCAGCAUUCAUAGUUUGCAAUAAUGAAGGGUUUGCAUUGAAAUUCAUAUUUAAUUUGAUUUGUAUCUUUGUUUGUCUUGCAUUCCCAAAUAAAUGUCUAGACAAUG